GGAUGGGAUUUUAUCGUAUGACCAUGACGAUGAUGAUGAUGACUGUCCGACGCACAUCCCUUUUCCCUCCUGAGAGAUGACGAAUGAGCGCGUCUAGGUGGGAUCGAGGCUCCGGGAGGAGGAUGACGUGGAAGAACCCACAGUCUUUGACGGCGACAGUUGUUUCUCUCUCCGGCUCCUCCAAACCAGCUUCAUCGUCCUCCUCACCAUCAUCAUCACCAUCAUCAUCGCCCCCAGCAGCAGCAGCGUCCAUCGCCAAGUAGACCAAGCAUCGCGCAUCUUCGAGGGGCGCGCGACUCGAAGUGUGGGGGGGGGGGGGGAGAGAUGGGGAAAUGGCAGUCGGCCAAAUGUAAGGAUCAAAAUAUUAAACGAGGUCUUCAUUUAUGAUACAACCCGUGCAUCGAUUUAUGCAUCAAUAGGAAACAUUCAAUCAACGAGAGAUAACCCCAUCUGAAGCAUAAAGCAACAUGGAUGGAGCUUCAUCCUCCCUGCAGUAUGGAUCCAAAAAGCGGGUGAAGAUUCAUCCAAACGCGGUGACAGUAAAAUAUGCCACCCACUUCCCCCAGCCUGGUGAUGAAGGGUAUGACGAUGCACCCUCUUUCGAAGAGUUCGGCGCCUUCGCCGAGGCUAAUGUGGGAAAGAGACUUGUGUCGGACAGCAAAGGCACCAGGACUUUGUUUGGAACCCUGGAGACCCAGCCGAAGCAGUCGAGCGUGCCAAAAGACAAGGGGGUCGGGGGCCAGCUGGCCAGCUUUGGAGAAGCAAACGUGUUGGCCUCCAGGGUGACCUGGAUGGCCUUGUUUGGGGCAGCGGUGGCUCAUGGUUGCGUGGCACUCAUCACUCGCUUAGCAGCCGACCGCUCUAAAGUGCCCUCCCUCGAGCUCCUCUUCAUCCGCUCCGUCAUCCAGGUGCUGUCCAUCCUCGUGGUGUUCUACUACCACGAGGCCCCCUUCGGCCCCAAGGGCUACCGGCUGCGCCUCUUCUUCUACGGUGUGUGCAAUGUAAUCUCCAUCACCUGCGCCUACACCUCUUUUGCUAUAGUACCACCCAGUAACGGCACCCUCAUGUGGCGGGCCUCCACCACCGUCUUCAGUGCAAUCCUGGCCUUCCUGUUGCUGGACGAGAGGCUGGGCUACACAGACGUGGUCACGGUGGUGGGAAGCGUGUUCGGUCUGUGCCUGGUCAUGGUGCCCAACGUGGCAGACGAGGAGAAGACGAGGCUGGGCUUUUGGAAGGAGGCUUUCGGCUACACAAUGACAGUGAUGGCUGGCCUGACCGCCGCCCUCUCCAUGAUCGUCUACCGAGCCAUCAAGGAGCGGGUGAGCAUGUGGACGGCGCUCUUCACCUUCGGCUGGACGGGCACGGUGUGGGGGGCCUCCACCAUGUUCAUCAUGCAGGAGCCCAUCAUUCCUCUGGACGGGGAGACCUGGGGCUAUUUAAUCUGCAUCUGCAUCUGCUCCACCGUGGCGUUCCUCGGAGUCUACUACGCUCUAAACAAGUUUCAUCCAGCCUUAGUUAGCACGGUGCAGCACCUAGAGAUCGUGGUCGCCAUGUUCCUCCAGCUCAUUGUCCUGAGGAUGAUCCCGUCCGUCUACGACGUCAUCGGAGCCCUGGUCAUCAUGGUCAGUGUGUUCACCCUGACGGGAGUCAAGCUGUACAGGGUGAGCAGGGCGAUUCGGCAGGAUUAUCAAGAGAUCCUGGACUCACCCGUCAAAUGAGCAUGGAUAUGUCCGUCUAUUUGUUUACAAUGUUGCUUGGUUGUGCAAUUUAAAGAAUGUCUGGAUCUUCAUCUGAUGAUUUUGUAUUGCUGUGUCGUAUGAAGGGUGCCAGUUGUGUGACUAAUGUCUUAAUAUUUGUGUGUGAAAUAAAAGACAAAUGUAACACAGUGACCACGUGCCCCUGAUAGUACUGCUUCAAUGUCGAAUUGUGUUGAAGACCAAAUUAUGAAGAAAAAAAAAUCAGUUUAAGUUAUGUGAUUUAUUUUGCUCCAACGUUUUGAAUCAUAUUGAAUCUGGUUUUGUGAGUGGCGAUGUAAGAUGAUCAUUUGAAUGAAAUGCACCUUUUAUAGUAAUAACAUCAACAAGGUGUGGUGUAUCCCACAUGUGUCAGUCUGUGCAAAUGUCAGAUAAGAAAUCAUUACGUACAAGGAAUUAAAGAAUAAAAAUGAAUACCAUCCAUGUUUCAUAAAAUAACUGGUGUUGCUUUUAAUAGCCGUUAUCUGUCGCUUGCAAAAGUGUGUAAUUUCCUCAAUUAAACUGCUAUUAGUAAGAUGAAUAUGGGUGGAUAUGAGGUUAAUGGAAGAUCAAUCACUUUGUGCACAACCUUUCGGUGUUUUCUUUUUACCUCUCACGUAAGCUUGGGCACUAGCAAGCCGCUUGAUAUUCGACAUUAGUGAUUACAUCCCCGGGCGCUGCUUCUGUUUACUUUCAGACGUAUGUCGAGCUAAUGGCCAGAGGCAGGUGCACUGUAUUAAAUUAGUCCCCUUUUAACAACAUGAGACCAUCGGAUUUGUUUCUAAUGGACAAUUCAGUGGCUCACCGUGGUGUUUCCUUUCUCUAUGAAGCAAGCCAAGCCAAGGCCGCGGUGUCCCCAGGGCAAAGCGACCCUGAUGGAAUGAGAUAAAGACGUACGAUGAUGCAGAGCGGAUGAAAGAGGCCAUGUUGCGGUUCAAAGCUGACACAAACACGGAUGUUUCACGACGAGCCCAGCAGGUGGCAUUCACAAUUCACUCCGUCAGUUAAUCCGAGGUAGCUGUGGUGUAUUCAGAAGAUCAUCCCAGGGUUAAUAAUCAUUACUGCAUCAAAACAGCCCAAACACAUGACUUGACACGGCUCACCCAAAGCCUGUUCAUUUAGUGAGCAGAAGCAGAAAUAUUUGAAAACUUUAUGAGCUUGUAAUGGGUUGUAACUUUGUGAAACUCAGAGGAUGACGUGUAGAACCCACAGUCGGUGACAGCGACAGCUGCUUCUUCAACACUUGCAUGUUUCACGUAUAUUUAAUAUGUAACCGGAAAUAUUCAUCGUUGUGGUUUUACCCACACACAAAGAAAGACGUUUUGCUGAAAUAAAAUCAUUACAUGGUGAUGAUC